CCUUCAGUUUUGAUACAUUGUUCGACAUAACAACACCACAUUCCCUCCACUCCCAAAACCCAAACUCAAAUACAAUAUUCAACAAAAAAUAUUCAGUAUAUUUAUUUAUUUUUUUUUUUUUCAAAAACCAAAAUAAAAUACAUUUUUUUUUUAAUUUGAAAAAAAACUACAAAAACGAAAAGUGAAAAACGUAAAAGUAUCGGGAAAGUGUGCGAAUCGGGAAACGUGAAUCAGGAUAAGGGCCAAUGAAUUUAAUGCGUCGGCAGCCCAGGCUUCAGUUGAUACGUGCGGUGUGGAAGGAGGGCCAGGGUCAGCUGGGCGCAUCGGUGCUGGGUACACCGGUGUCGACCAGGUGGCCGCCUCUCCAGUAUGUGCCCCAACCCGUUUCCGGUACUGCGGCGCCUAUGUCCACCACAUCAUCGUUAUCCAACGCCGCCGCCAUAUCCCCAGUAUCCGCCGUAUCCGUGGUAUCCGCAUCCGCACUAUCCCGACCCCGAGACACGCAAAAAAGAGUCCAAAGAGCAGGAGCAGGAGUCGGACCAGGAAGUGAGAGAGGACAAGGAGGAGCAGGAGGACUCCAAGGAUCCAGGACAGCCCCCGGAAGAACCAUCACAAGAGGAGCCUCCACCUCAGGAAAGGCCGGAGGAAAUGCACCACCGUCCAGAGGAGCCGCAAUGGGUGGGGGAUCCAGCCCCCCGCCCCCCGCCAAGUCCGAUGGAGGAAGCGCCCCGCCCGCCGCCAAGUCCGGUGGAGGAAGCGCCUCGCCCGCCGCCAAAACGGAUGGAGGUGGAAAGGAUAAAGGAAAACCACCCGGCGCCGCCCCCCCAGCCGGAGGAAAACCCGCACCUCCACCACCCCCACCAGCGGCCUCCAAGCCGCCGCGUAUGAAGAGCUUCGAGAUCUAUCGAUGGAAGCCGGGUGAUCAGCCCCAGACCCAGACCUACCAAGUGGAUCUGGAACAGUGCGGCCCCAUGGUUCUGGAUGCCCUAAUAAAGAUCAAAACCGAUUUGGAUCCGACGCUUACAUUCCGGCGCUCGUGCCGCGAAGGUAUCUGCGGAUCCUGUGCCAUGAACAUCAAUGGCACCAAUACCCUGGCGUGUGUGGCGGCCAUCGAUCAGAACGAGUCUAGAUGCUGUCGCAUCUAUCCGCUGCCACAUCUCUAUGUGAUAAGGGAUCUCGUGCCAGAUCUCACCCAGUUCUACGAACAAUACCGUUCCAUACAGCCCUGGCUGCAGCGCAAGAAUAUGAAACACGAGGCGGGCACGGCACAGUAUCUGCAAUCCGUGGAGGAUCGCAGUGUUCUAGAUGGAUUGUACGAGUGCAUCCUGUGUGCCUGCUGUCAGACAUCGUGUCCAUCGUAUUGGUGGAACAGUGACAAGUACCUGGGACCCGCCGUUCUCAUGCAGGCCUACCGAUGGGUCAUAGAUUCCAGGGACGAGGCCACGGAGCAGCGCUUGGGCUUUCUAAAGGAUCCAUGGAAACUUUACAGAUGCCACAGCAUCAUGAACUGCACCAACACCUGUCCGAAAAACCUGAACCCCGCCCGGGCGAUCAUCGCCCUGAAACAACUCUGCGUGGGGCUUAAGAAAAAGGAGAAGCCCCAGAUGAAGACAGACGCCCUAUUCCAGGGCAAAUAACUAAUACACUCAAAACUCGCCCAACAACUCAUGCGGAGGGAAACAUAUUUUAGAUAUAUAAGGUACACUGCCAAAUAUUUGGAAUACUAAAAAAAAGUCAUAUAACGUCAGGGACGACGACAGGGACUUUUAAACACAUUUAUGGUUAUUACGAACAUGAAAAACAUUGAGAACAUUAUUUACAUGAAGAAAAAACGUCACCAACCAUCAGACACACACACAAUGAGGCUGAUAAUUACGGCAUAACGUUAUGGGACUACAUUCAAAAUCAAUUCUGAUUGAACUUAAAACAGAGCGCUACACUCAACACACCACUCAACACACCAAUGCUACCGAAUGUGCAGAAAGCUUGCCCAACGCCCCGCCCCAUUUGCUAUUUGGAAUGAUGUUUCGAAGCUCGUCACCAUCGUCUAGAAAUUUGGACAAUGGGAACAUAACUACAUAUGUACAUAUCUGAUUGGAAACGAGGCUUCACAAUUAACACUAAAGCGUCCUGAUUUGUCUUGAUUUCAACAAAGCCAAAACCUGCACACUUUACUUGAUGAAUGCUACUACAAUAUGGAUGGAUACCAAUGGAUCGAUUUUAAGUACUUGAUCCAAAUAUGGGCUGUAUAUCUUUAAGAAACAAGAGCAAUAAAUAAAAUGCAGAACUGCGAAUGCAAAA